CCAAUCAGCACAUGACAUCAUCCAUCUUCAAUCCAUCUUCAUCCUUUGCGCGCGCAUUCUUUUUUCCACCGCCAAACCACCCUCUGCGCAGACCACCAUGCCCCCGAAAGCCAGAAAACGCGGCGCCCCCGGCGCAACCACCACCAACCCCUCCGCCCCCAAACGCGCCCGCCAAUCCAAACUCGCCAAAGAAAACAACAUCACUGCUGCCGAAGAAAGCGAAAUCAAAGAAGUGUUUCAUUUAUUCGCUGUGGAUGACGUCGAUGAGUUCGCCGACGAAAAGGAGGGGGUGAUUCUGGUUGACGAUGUGAAGAAAGCGCUGUCAGCAUUAGGCCUCCCCCCAACCGCCACGGAACUCCCCUCCAUCCUCUCCGCUCUCGACCCCACCGAGACCGGCUACGUUCCCUACGAACCGUUCCUGACCGUCGCCGCUGCGAAGCUCCGCUCUCGCUCCGACGAGGCCAUGGCCGCUGAGGUGGAUACGGCGUUUCGGCUUUUUGUUGGGCGUAGUGGUGGUGGCCGCGCCGAGGUGAUCACCCUGCACCAUCUCCGGCGCAUCGCUCGGGAACUCAAGGAAGAGGCGAAUGUGGAUGAUCAGUUGUUGAGGGAUAUGAUACUCGAGGCCAAUGGGGGCGCCGGGGUCGGGGCGGGGGUCACACUGGGUCAGUUUCGAGAUGUCAUGCAGCGGGCGGGGGUGUUUUGAUUCCCCCAGGGGGUUGGGGUGGUAAUGUGAUGUGAUGAAUGAUCUUUUGACGAUGGUGAUGAAUUAUGUGGCAUUGGCAUUGGCGUUGGUUUUACUUCUAGGGGGAAGACAAAAAGGCAGGGGAUUUGAUUUAGGUAUGAUGUAGCGGGCUGGCGU